CAAACUUAAGUACGCGAAAUUCUCGCAGUUGAUGCUAGAGUGCACACUUCAACAUAUACCUUUAUUCCCUGUCGAUACUUCAUCAAUAAGUUCUGGCUGUACCAGGAAAUGACUUCGGCACCUUCAUUAACUCUUUGGUAUUCGCCUCAAGCCUGUUCCAUCGCGCCGCAGAUUUUGCUCAUCGAGGCACAGCUCGACUUUCAACUUGUUCUUGCCAAAGUCGACAUGGCUGAAGACGAGCGGUUUACGGAGGAGUUCAAGGCUCUGAAUCCAAAAAAACGAGUGCCAGUCUUCAAAAUGAACGAUGAAAUUAUAACGGAGGUUCCAGCGAUCGCAACUGCCAUCUCAUCUUUGGCGCCUGAUCGAAAAUUUCUUGGACAAACGGUUCUGGACACUAUCCGUGUGUAUGAGUGGUUCAAUUAUCUCGGAGGAAUGGUACAUGGUCAAGCAUAUGGCGGACUCUACAGGCCGGAAAGACUCGUUGAUGACCCGAAGCUACACGGUGCCGUUCGAGAUAAGGCGGUAAAGAAUCUCGAACAGAGCUUUGGGUUCAUUGAGCGCAAAAUGAGUGCGUCUGGGACCACUUACGCGGUGGGAAAUUCUUUCACUGCGGUUGAUGCUUACUUGUUCGUGUUGUAUCGCUGGGCAGGAGCGUUUAUUACGGACUUGAACGCCGAAUUUCCCUAUCUUUCAGCCUGGGCAAGCAAACUGUUGGAAAGGAAAUCAAUCCUCACCGCUCUGGAGAUUCACACCGGCGUAUAAUGUAUGCUACGCUCGCAUCUUCUUGAUUUUUGCAAUCAGCGCCAAUAUCAUGGUUCAUCUGCUAUUUUCUGUUAGACUUGAAAAAUGACUCUCUGAGGAGCUAUUUUGGUGUUGAUUGAGGCUAUAUAUAUACCGACAGGGGUGCGAAAGAGGGUAAAUAAUACAGUUUCCA